AUGAUCGUAAGAGCUAUAAACUAUGAAGAUCUCUAUAUAGACAGCGAUUUUAAGGACAUAGGGGAUCUAAAGACAAAAAUAGCUUUGAAGUAUGGCAUUCCCACUGAUUCCCAGUGCAUAGUGUUUAAUGGAAAGUUCUAUGUUUUGGGCAUAUUUGAUUCUCCACUAGAGACUUUUUCUGACACAUACGGAAAUCCGCUUGGGCCCUUUGGAUGCCCAGAUGCUGUCUUUAAUUAUUUGGAGUCUAAUGGAAUGUCCAUUGACAAGAUCAGAGCCCACGUAUUUCCUCAUAAAGAAGAUCCGAAAGAAAAGAGCCCGACAUUAUCAAGAAUUAUUGGCGUCAAACCUGCUGUAAAAAAGGUUAUUGAAGGCAGGUAUGAAGAUAUUUCCAAAAUAUCCGAAGGCCUUAAGGAAGAAGAAAAGGCUGCAGUUAUAGAAAACCCUGGAGAGUACAUUGAUUUAAUUUUAACACAAGUUGGGGAGUCUUUAUAA